CAAAUAAUACUUAGUAACUGAAAAAUCAAAAAAAAAAAAAAAAGUGAAAAAGUGAUCAGUCUUGAGAUUUUGAUGAUGGACUCAUCGGCGCCGUCCAACUUAGCUCCCUUGUCGGAGGAGUCGCCGCCGGCAGAAACCUCCGCCAGAGAUUGCAGCAAUAAUCCUCCUGAUCAUAACAAUAUUAACGAUGAAGUUCCUUCCGCGUUCUCUUCCGUUCCUGCUCGUCCUCCAAUUCAGACAUCUUCUCAAAAAUAUGCACCUCUAGAUUGGUCUGGAUAUUUUGACCGUGAGGAUGAUGUUUCCAUUCCUGGUUCCAAUGAUGUCUUUCAUGUCUACUUGGCAGGAACACAAGGACCAGUUAUCUUUUGUUUGCAUGGAGGUGGUUAUACUGGGCUUUCAUUUGCACUGUCUGCAAGUAAAAUUAAGGAGAAAGUUCGUGUUGUAGCUAUGGACUUCAGAGGACAUGGAAAGUCAUCCACAGAAAAUGAGUUAGAUUUGUCUAUUGAGACUCUGUGCAGUGAUGUAUUAGCUGUGUUGAAGACAAUGUAUGGAGAUUCUCCUCCCGCAAUUGUGCUUGUUGGCCACAGCAUGGGAGGGUCCGUUGCGGUUCAUGUUGCUGCAAGGAAACAGCUACCUACCUUGUGUGGACUUGUUGUAGUGGAUGUUGUUGAGGGUACAGCAAUGGCCUCAUUGAUUCAUAUGCAGAAAAUUCUUACAAACAGAAUGCAGCAUUUUCCUACCAUUGAGAAAGCGAUUGAAUGGAGUGUCAAAGGAGGCUCUUUAAGAAAUAUAGAGUCAGCACGAGUAUCAAUUCCUAGUACUCUAAUUUACGAUGAUUCAAAGAGAUGUUAUACCUACACAGCGAAACUGGAGGAAACAGAACAACAUUGGAGAGGCUGGUAUGAAGGCCUUUCAGAAAAAUUUUUAUCAAGCCCUGUACCAAAACUCUUGCUUCUGGCUGGGACAGAUAGGCUGGACAGAGCUCUCACAAUAGGCCAAAUGCAAGGCAAGUUUCAGAUGGUGGUAGUUAGACAUACAGGCCAUGCUAUACAGGAAGAUGUACCUGAUGAAUUUGCUGAUUUUAUACUUAAUUUUGUUUCUCGGAAUCGGAUAGGUCCUCGAGGAAUUGAGAUUCCAGGAAUAAAAAGUUGGAGAUCGUAGUCAAAUGCAAUAAACAACCAAAGCAUUUUAGGAGAAGCGCCCCCAUGAUGGUGCUACGGCUGUCAGGUUGCGAUUGUACUGGUUGUGUAUGUAAUGCUUUUGCUAAAAAUUUCCAAGAGUCAUGUCAUGAAGACUUGCUGAAAGUGAUUUUAGCUUCCUGAGGUAUCACAUUGUUAGAUUACUGGAAAACAAAGUAGGGUAAUGUUAAACUUGCAGGAUUAUAUCCAUUGCUGCUUGUUCACUUUGAUGACCAAAAAGUUCAAACUCGAAUGAAAUAUCAGUUGAGAUUUUUUUGCUCAACUGGUAAGAACAUCGUUUUCUUUAUU